AUGACGGCGACAGACCCGACGACACAGUCAAAUUAUACAGCCAUUGCAAAUUAUCAUGUAGAUUUUACAUGGAAUCUGGACUGGAAAGCGAAGAAGAUCUCUGGAUCGGCUGGGGUCCACCUUCGAGCGAGACAGGACGAGGUCAAGGAGGUCGUUCUGGACACAUCCUACCUUGAGAUCUCAAAGGUCGAAGUCGGCGGUACAAGCACCAAGUUUCACCUUGGGGACCACCACGAAGUAAUGGGUCGUGCACUGACGAUUCCUUUGCCAUCAGUCGCAAACAAGGGCGACGAAGUGAUCGUCACAAUAUUCUACGAGACUACGGACAAAUGCACUGCUUUGCAAUGGCUUGACAAAGAGCAAACUGCGGGCAAGCAAUUCGGCUAUCUAUUCAGCCAGUGUCAGCCAAUAUACGCAAGGAGCAUAGCUCCAUUGCAAGACUCACCCUCGGUGAAGAUCACGUACACUGCAUCAGUCACUUCAGUCCUUCCUGUCGUUAUGUCUGCCAUUCGAGUAUCGCCUCCAUCCACUGGUCCGAUUCAUGAUGGCAAAGAACUCGGCAAGGACGUUGUCGAAUACAAGUAUAAGCAACCGACACCUCUUGCGUCGUACAUUUUAGCGAUAGCUGCGGGUAACAUUGCUUACAAAGGAUUCAAAACGCCACCAAAUGCGACUUGGACGAGCGGUGUAUGGACAGAACCGGAGAUGAUGGAUCGUUGUUUCUGGGAGUUUAGUGAAGAUACAACCAAAUUCGUCUCAGAGGCCGAGAAUAUUCUCACCCCCUAUCGAUGGGGAGUGUACGACAUCCUCGUUCUCCCCCCAAGCUUUCCAUAUGGAGGUAUGGAAAACGCAUGCCUCACGUUUUUGACUCCGACACUUCUCUCUGGUGAUCGUGCAUUGGUCGAUGUUGUUGCCCAUGAACUCACGCACAGCUACUUUGGCAAUGGAAUCACACAAAAAGACGCUUCUUCUUUCUGGCUGAACGAAGGGUGGACAACGUACUUUGAACGAGUUCUCCAACAAGUCCUUCAUGGACCGCUGGCACGCGACUUUUCGUUCAUCAUCGGAGCAAAAGCUCUCAUAGAUUCUCUCAAGAGCUACGAAUCUCGGCCUAAGUAUCAGCGACUGGUUAUUGACUUUCAAUACGGAGAGGACCCAGAUGACGCGUACUCUUCGAUUCCCUACGAGAAGGGGGCAAACUUUCUGCUCUACUUAGAGCGGCAGUUAGGCGGCCUUGAUGUCUUCUUGAAGUAUGCUCGGAAUUACGUCGAGACGUUUGAUGGGCAGAGCAUUGCAACAGCCGACUGGAAGAACCACCUUUACUCUUACUUUAAAGCCAACGGAGGGGACGAAAAGAUCGCCAUCUUAGACGCAGUUGAUUGGGAUGCCUGGUUGUAUGGUGAAGGCCUCCAUCUACCGGUCAACAUGGAGUACGAUACAACACUCGCAGCCCAAGCAUACGAGCUGGCUGCCAAAUGGGAUAAGUCUCGCACAACAGACGCAAAGGAUCUUCCGUUCAACGCAACGGAUAUUCAGGGAUGGAACACCAAUCAGCUAAUCGUCUUUCUGGAGAAACUCGAGGUGCUGGAGCCACUUCCAAGCACUCAUAUUCACGCGCUCGCAAGCAUUUACGGCUUCAACGACUCGAAGAACGCCGAAGUCGGAUUACGGUGGUUUGAAGUCGCGCUGGUUUCACCAGCUGCAAAGGACUUUGCACAGUCUGCAGCCAACUGGGUCGUUGAUCCAUCAAGUCUCAAGGGACGAAUGAAGUUCUGUCGUCCAAUCUUCAGGUUAUUGUACCAAGUAGAUCAAGGACUUGCAGUGAAGACGUUUGAGGCGAACCAGACAUCGUUUCAUCCUAUUGCACGUAAGAUGAUUGCAAAGGAUCUUAACAUCUCCGAUGUCAAAUAUGCGUAG